AUGUCUCGACCACCACCACCGCCUCCAAGGAGACCGCUGCCAGCUGCCUACAGAUUUCCCGACUAUGGGUAUGGCGAUGAGGAGCGCAAGGAGCCUAUCACGCAAAGGUGUUAUAUGGGCAACAAGAUUCGAGUCACAGUGUCCAGCGCUCAGGAUGGCUAUCAAAACUCGGGUACGAACUACCCUCCAGUAAGGCGGCUACCACGAGUGGAGGAACGUCGAGUGCGGAGCCGCAGCAGAGAGUAUUUCGCGCAUCCUAGAAGGCGCGGAUCAUCUGCUCGCAGCAGCAGUAGUAAUGCUCGUGCGCAAAGAGAAGCCGACAGGAUGGAUAGUAGCAACGCUCGUGCGCGAAGAGAAGCCAGCAGAGUGGAUUAUGUGGAGAUUCGACCACAAUACCCUUCCUCUCGACGUUCCCGGGCCAGCAGCAGCGCAAGCAUCAUUUCCAAUUCUGAUGAGGUAUCAACACUGGAGUUUGAGUUCGACCUGUCAGAGUCAACAGCCUCUAGUAAUUCCCACUCCACCUCUACUAUCCAGGACGUUCAGCCUGACUCCAAACAAAACGCUGGGUACGGACUUACAGCCGGACCUACGACGAAUCUGCAUCUCGCAGCAACAAGAUGGUUGGGUAACACCUUUGAUGAUUGGGAUCUUGGUGUGGAGCUUACGACUGUACCUGCAUCGCCACACUUGCGGUCACAGAUGGACUGGCAUCAUAUGGAGCGAUCCAUGCCAACUUUCGACGAGUUCAUUGCUGUGGCGCGAAGAAGUCUGCAAAAGAUGCCCCAGAAAAAUCUACGUCGUGUCGAGAAGAUGCUCCGCAAGGUUCAGAAGGAGAACGAGAAACAGCGCCAGUUUGGCCGUGAGAUGAUACCAAUAUGUGUGAGCGAUACUGAAUAUCAAGAUGACGGAAUGGAAGACAAGCAAAACUUCUCCGCCUGCUUCUCAGCCUUUCCAUUUUUCUCGUUGGAGCGAUUGGCUGAGGAAAAGUCGUCGACAUCAACCACAGCCUCCCACCAGCCCAGACCACUACUACAGACUUACACUCGCACCGUCAACAGCAAGCGGGAGCUCUCGCAGGCAGUUACAACAAGGUCUUCGACUCCAAAGGAUCACAGCUUGCAUGUAUCUUCUGUUUGGUGCUUGGUCGUAGACGAUACAAUCAUCACCUGCAGCAGGAUGGGUUUAGAGGAGUUGCGUAAAGACUUCUCCAGUAUGUCAUCCCAACCUCAAAAAACUUCGGCGAGAUCGGUCCGCGUAAAGGUUGGAAAUGAUCGAAGCUGGUCGUUCCCCCUGGAUGAAGUUCGAUCCUGGCCUUCACUGCUUUCGAUAUUCGCCGACGACUUAUCAUCCAUUGGCARUUGUGAUGCUAGUGCUAAGAUCACGCAUCAGGAACGCACUGUCGAUGCGGCAACUUGGCAUCACGUCGUUGCAAACGCCACACAAUUUCCAAUUCAGUUGGUCUUGAAAGAAAGUCUCAACACUGGAUCCGGACUGCGCUCGAAGUUACGAUCUGUCAAGCAAGCUUUCGGUCCUCAGAGCCAGAUAAAGAGGUCAGGGUCACCGAAUGCCGUCGAUGUCGCUGCUGCAGAUCACGGAGGAGCUGGCUCAGCGGCUAGCCCACGGGACAUUGUCAACCAUCUCCAAGGUAUUCAAGCGCUCCACAUCUUCGGACUCGACAGUAAAGCGGCAAGCAGUCCCCUUUCUCGUCUGGCAGAGUCCCUGCACGACAAGUUGGCAGCGCACUCGAAUGAGAUGGCAGCUUCAGCAUAUAAUUCGUGCCCCGAAGCCUCUCUUGAAGACAUUCAAACAUCACUUUCCCAAGACAAGACUCCCUCCAGGAUUGAUACCAGCAGGACAGAUACCUCCAUGGCGACUGGCAAGUGUGGACAAAUCGUCAUCCUUGCAGAAUAUGUAUUCGCUUUUUUCUGGCCUGUUGAUUUCGAUCAUGUCAUGACAAGACGCUUUUGGGGCGCUUUGAAAGGGCUUCUCAAUUCUAGCAUCGGGGAGAGCAAGAUGUCAAGACAUAACGCUGAGCUGGCAGCAGAAUUCUACCACAUCCUUUACAGCCGCGUGUUCGCUGUAGUAUCCACACUCACUACAAACUUCGCUAGCGAUGUACCUCCUACACCACUCCCUACUCAGUUCUAUGAAUCUUGGCUCCAUCUCCUCAGCGCUUUUGUGCUUUUCAACCAGGCAAUACAAAAAGACGCUCGGCCUCGGCCCAGACUAUUGCCUACGCUGCAACUAAGGUGUGCUGCGACAAAGCUUGAAACAGGAGAGCGGGAGCUCGUCAAUAAACUAAGGACAAUAGAUGUGGAAGAUCACGAAAUCUGUCCACCGAGAGGUGUAGUCGCCUUGAUGCUGAAUCGAUUCAGUCAGGACAUGAUCAAGGAAGGUCUUGAUGUGGCCCAAAUAUACGGCGACUUCUAUCAGCAACUGGACGCAAAGAUUCUCGACAACCCUCUCACCCGAGCCCAUCAGGCAAGCAUCAGGGACCUCCAGCAAGAGCUUGAAGCAGUUCUCAACAUCCUCACAUAUCAAUUGGAUGUAGUCAACGUCUUUGAGCGUAGCAUUCAAGCUCAAGAUGAUGGUGGUCGACAACGCAUGCCAUAUCUGCCCCUCCUCCUCCUUGAUUCUCGCCAAGACGCCAUCUUAGGCACUUGCAAAAAUUCUCUAACAGCACGGAUCGAUAAGAUCAAGGCUCUGCAAGGCCGAGCCACUGAGCUUGGAGAGUGGCACUUAGGGGAAAUUGACAGUAAUAAAGAUCGUCAAGAAGCURCCAUUAUGGUCUUUACGAUUGUUACAAUCAUCUUCUUGCCGCUUUCUUUUGUGUCUAGUGUUUUUGGCAWGAACUCUUCUGAUAUUCGAGACAUGGAAUUCGGACAGUGGCUUUAUUGGGUCGUGGCGCUACCAUUGACGAUCGUCGUGAUUGGUGGAAGUCUGUAUUGGGCGGGGGCAUUGGAGAACUGGCAGGGAUGGUCUCCGAAAUGGGGGAGGAGCAAUGGRAACUAUUAUCAGCCUCCUGUGGUGUCGCAGCAAUCGACGAGAGUUGUCCCGGGGGUGAGGAGAGAUGUGGUGGAGGAGAUUGAUGGAGAGAGGCCUAGGCGGCGGACUACUUAUCCUGCGAGGCGAACGGCAAGGCAUUAUGUAUAG